AUGCCUCUCUACGACGUCGAACACGUUACCCCAUUGACAGAGACCCAACAAGAGCAGCUGGCCAUCGCACUGACAGAUCUCCACGUCCAGCGAUUCCACACCCCGCGCUUCUUCGUCAAUGUCCGCUACACCGACGUCAGCCACCAGGUGGUGUUCCGCGGCGGGAUUCGACGCAAAUACAACCGCAUCAUCGUGCGGACUCGAGCGGGCAGCAAUCGAUCCGUCGAGACCUACAACGACCACUGCAGGGAUAUCGUCCGCGUGUGGGAGCGUAUUAUCGUCGGAGAUGACGACGACAAAGACCCCGAACGGGGACUGAGGACGGUGUGGGUGAUGGGGGCUCUGACGACGGGUUUGGAGGCAGGGAUUGCGAGGCCAAAGACCGGAGAAGAGCAAGAAUGGUUGCAGCUUCACAUUCCUGAAUUUCGCAAAUUGGCAGAAGCUGGAGACGAGGAUUUUAUUGAGCUGAUAAAGGAAGUGGAUGAUACUAUGCCGUCGAAUCUCUACACAAAACUAAAAGCACAACGAUCUCAGUAUGGCUGA